CCGAUAUUUGCCCGACAUCAACUAUUCGUUAAACAUCCUUGUGUUUUGUGAUGCGAGUUUGUAGCCGUUUUGGACAGUACCCAGCAUCUAAAAUGACUAACGUUACCGUUAGCAAUUUACAGACGCAGUUGGCUUCUAUAAUUGAGCUCUUGACAAAGGCAGCUGUUUCAGAAGUAAUCAAACUUUUUGACGACAGUUACACGGUAUUGCGCCUUGAGAUUUCCCAAAAUCAAAACGAAAAAGAGGCACUUAAAAGGAAAUUACAUGAAGUAGAAGAGGAGCUCACAUGUGUUCGAAUGCGUCUUGAAACAGGCCUACCCCCUUCCAACUGCCCUCCCCCCACAAAUCAUGAGUUGGAAGACUGGACGAGUUCAUUAAGAGGUGGAGAGGCAGUGACAGAGGGUAUCGGCCCUGAACUGCCGCUCACCAGUGAGCACAAGCAGUCUUUCAGAGAGAACCCAUGCCUCAUGCGCAUCAAAGAAGAGAGACCUGGAGAUGAUCUUUGGAACCAAGAAGCAGAGUCUGUGAGGUAUGACAUCACUGUUGCUGGGAACUCCGGAGUCAGCCAGCAGCUCUCUCCGGAGCCUGUGGAGUUUGGUGAGCUCAGGCUGAAGGUGGAGCAGGUGGAGCAGGUGUCCCAGGGUGAUUCCAUGGAGGACGAGCAGACCCAGAGCUGUACAGGGGACCAGCACGGGUCCCAGGAGUGGAACCUCAUCAUCAAAGAGGAAGGCGACGUGGACGACAGCUUCCCACCACUCCUCCCCAGGUUCGAGCAGGCCAUCGGCUACUUCCACCCCAACCCCAUCAGCCCCGAGCACCAUGCUCCUCCGGAAACGUCCCACGCCCCACCCCCGCUGCCUGGAACCAGCGCAGAGGCAGUCAGCGCUUUCCUGGGGACCAAUAUAUAUGUUGCACCGCCUCAAGGGAGGCGCACAGGGAAGAAGCCCAUCGUCUGCCCGGUGUGCAACAAGCAGCUGCAGUCGCCCUCUAAGCUCGUCAAGCACAUGCGGAAGCACACGGGCGAGCGGCCGUACACCUGCGGGAUCUGUGGCAUUGCCUUCACGCUGACGAGCAGCCUGAAGACGCACGAGAGGUUCCACAGCGGCCUGCGGCCGUACAGCUGCUCCGUCUGCGGCAAGGACUACACCCUCUCGCACCACCUCAAGAGACACAUGCACUCUCACUUCAGGGAGCAGAGCGCCAGGCCCAAGGCCCAGCAGCAGCAGCAGCAGCAGCAGCAGCAGCAGCAGCCACAGGUUAGGUAGGUUCUUCCCUCCGGCAGGAGGCUGCGGUCCAUCAGGACCAAAACCUCACGCCACAAAACCAGCUUCUUCCCGGCUGCAGUUGGCCUUUUUAAUAAGGCCCGGGGCCCCCACCUGACUUGGACUCUUAUCCCGACCCCACGCCUCAAGUCUGUGUUACAUUAACACACAUUACAUUGCAUA